GCAUUAUAAGGUAAAAUCUCGGGCGUGAGAAUCAGGGAAGUGGGAGGAGCGAUGGCGGCCGCGGCUUCGUUCCCUUUCUAUUGCGGCUGCGAUUACCGCGCGGAUUCAUCCGGCGCGGCAUCGCCAUCGCCAGCGCCAGCGCCGAUUUCUCCGCCCCGAUCCGGGACCGACAGGUUGAGCAGCAUUGCGUCGGCAGCGAUGAUUCUCAGGUUUCCUCCAAACUUCGCGCGGCAGCUCAGCGUCAAAUCGCGGAGGAACUGCAGCAAUAUUGGGGUUGCGCAAGUGGUAGCGGCUUCUGCCAUGAGCGGCCAAAGCAGCGGUGGCAGUAGCUCGAUCGUCGACGGCGUCGCGGCGGCUCUGUCGGUGGGAAUCUCUGUGAAUGGCACGGCUGUGAAGAUCGAUAAGGCGGCCGAGAAGCCAAAGCCCAAGUCUACAAGCACUCUGGCUGUGCAUGGAGGUGAGCGAGAGAAUGGGACCAAGGUUGCCGAUUCACUCACGACUCCAAUUGUCCAGACUGCUACGUAUACUUUCCGGAACACGGCCGAUCUGAUAGCAUUUCAGGAUGGAACAUACAAAAGCUUCGAGUAUGGUCGCUAUGGAAAUCCCACGACCCAAGCUACUGAAAGAAAGAUCAGUGCUCUAGAGGGUGCUGAAGAGACUUUAGUCUCGGCUUCCGGUAUGUGUGCUGCAACUACAAUGCUCUUGGCUUUGGUUCCGGCUGGUGGACACAUUGUAACCACGACUGAUUGCUACCGUAGAACAAGGCAGUUCGUCCAGACUGUGCUCCCCAAAAUGGGGAUAACGACUACCGUCAUCGAUCCGGCAGAUAUGGCUUCGCUCAAGCGAGCGUUAGACGACAACCCUGUAUCAUUAUUUUUUUCGGAGUCACCUACAAACCCGUAUCUCCGCUGUAUAGACAUCGAACUCGUUUCAACACUUUGUCGCCGGAAGGGGGCCAUUGUUUGCAUCGAUGGAACCUUCGCAACACCUGUGAAUCAGAAGGCUUUAGCUCUGGGGGCGGACCUGGUUCUCAACUCGGCGACUAAAUACAUUGCCGGCCACAAUGACGUCCUGGCAGGCAGUAUCAGCGGCUCCAAGCCACUCGUUGACACUGUGCGAAAGCUGCACAAUGUUUUAGGAGGCGUCGUGGAUGCGCAUGCUGCGUAUCUCAUUGGAAGGGGUCUCAAAACGUUGGAUCUGCGCGUGAGGCAGCAGAAUUCGAAUGCGUUGCGACUGGCACGAGCUCUUGAAUCCCAUCCCAAGAUUGCUCGUGUUCACUAUCCUGGUCUGGAAAGCCAUCCGGAAUUCCACAUUGCAAGCAAGCAGAUGCGUGGUUUCGGUGGCGUGGUGAGCUUUGAAAUCGAUGGAGACUUGGCUCUCACCUCAAAGUUCAUAGACGGGCUUCGUAUACCAUACAUCGCUCCGUCUCUGGGAGGCUGCGAAAGCCUCGUAGAACAGCCGACGAUCAUCUCAUACUGGGAUCAGAGUCCUGCCGAAAGAGCCAAGAUGGGAAUCAAAGAUAACUUGGUGAGAUUUAGCUGCGGCAUCGAAGACUACGAGGACAUAUACGCCGACGUGAUGCAAUCCCUGGCAUCUUUGUAGAGAAGAAGUACACGAGACACUAAAUAUGUCUAAGUUUUUGUUUGUUUAUUGCGAAAGAUUGGAUGUAUUUUGUUCUAUGAUCGUGGAUCACGCAGAGAGAUCCCAGGAAUCAUCGUGUUGUUUCGUCGA